AGCUUGCACUGCACUACUUCUCACUUCGAUUGUUGCUACCAGGAUUGUAUCGAGGACUGCUCUUAGCUUACGAAUUAACAGCAAACCACUAAACAAUGGGUACCCAGGUGCAAAAAUGCUGGGUUGAGAGCGUCAAUAAAGAAGCAUCUCUCCGUUUUGCAUGGCAUCUGAAGUAUUCUAAGGAAUUCGCCAAAGGUGCUGCUAAGAUCAAGAGGAGUGUUCCAUCUGCAAAAGGAAAAAGCACAUCAGUAUUUAAAAGCUCCGUAUCCGACAAAAUGAAGAAGAUCGAGAACAGCCCAAAGACAAAGUGUAAAACAGCUCCAUGUUUCAAUUCUCUUGCGAAAACUCCGGAUCAGCUGAGCAAGUCAGAUGGAGCUACAGCAAGAAUUAUGCGUGAUAUGAGGCCUUCUUCUCAAAACACUCACACACUGUUAUACAAUGGCAUCAGUGCUCAUGGAGAAGGUCGCUUUGCCUAUCUCAAGAAACGGAAGGAGAAGACACCAGAAGAGAAAUACGAGUUCCCGAUUUUGUCAUCUUGCCAGUAUGGUUGGAAGAUAAUGAAAUACACUAGUCCUAAGCCAUCUCAAUAUGCUCGUACAUGUGUUAUCAAAGACUCAUUCUAUCGCAAUAGUGGGAUCAUACUUGGUUAAAUGAACUUGUCAUGAUUAAUUUUCUGCAUUCUAAAGUUAUUCAUAAUUAUUAUUAACUACA